ACAUCAUCUAACAGGUUGGUCGGGCUGGGAGGCGUCCCGCCCUCCUGGAGGUAAUGAGCACUGUACGACAGGUGUUUGCUCCUCAGUCCCCAGCCUGUCCUGCCUGCGACCGGAGCCAGCUGCCGCCACACUUCAAAGGCUCGCUUGCUCUCGCUCAUCCGUGUGUCCUCCCUGCACCCGGGCCAGGGGGCCACAAUGGCCUGCCGCUCCUGUGUUGUUGGCUUCAGCAGCCCUAGCAGCUGUGAGGUGACACCGGCAGAUGGCCCCUGGCCUGAGACCUCAGCAUGGAACAGCUGCGGGGCCCCUGGGCCAGGCUUCAGCUCUUGCAGCCUCACAGGCUGUGGACCGGCUGGCACCAUCGCCAAGGUGACCAUGAACCCCAGCCUGCUGGUGCCCCUGGAUCUGAAGGUGGACCCGGCCAUCCAGCAGCAGAAGAACCAGGAGAAGGAAGAGAUGAAGAUCCUCAAUGAUAAAUUUGCCUCCCUGAUUGGCAAGGUGCAGGCCCUGGAGCAGCGCCACCAGCUGCUGGAGACCCGCUGGCGCUUCCUGCAGAGCCAGGGCUCAGCCACCUUCGACCUCGGGCACCUCUACGAGGAGUACCAGGGCCGGCUGCAGGAGCGGCUGCGCAGAGUGAGCCAGGAGCGGGGACAGCUGGAGGCCAACCUGCUGCAGGUGCUCGAGAAGGUCGAGGAGUUUCGGAUCAGGUAUGAGGACGAGAUCUCCAAGCGCACAGACAUGGAGUUCACCUUUGUCCAGCUGAAGAAGGACCUGGACACGGAGUGUCUUCGACGGACCGAACUGGAGACCAAGUUAAAAGGCCUGCAGAGCUUGGUGGAGCUGAUGAAAACCAUCUACGAGCAGGAGCUGAAGGACCUGGCAGCCCAAGUGAAGGAUGUGUCGGUGACCGUGGGCAUGGACAGCCGCUGCCGCAUUGACCUGCGCGGCAUCGUGGAGGAGGUGAAGGCCCAAUACGACGCCAUCGCGGCUCGCAGCCUGGAGGAGGCCGAGGCGUACUCCCGGAGCCAGCUGGAGGAGCGGGCCGCCUGCUCAGCCGAGUUUGCGAACAGCCUCCAGAUCAGCCGCAGCGAGAUCGCUGACAUCAACGUGCACAUCCAGAAGCUUCGAUCCCAGAUCCUCUCCAUCAAGAGCCACUGCCUGAACCUGGAGGAGAACAUCAAGGCGGCCGAGGAGCAGGGGGAGCUAGCCUUCCAGGACGCCAAGGCCAAGCUGGCCCAGCUGGAGGCGGCCCUGCAGCAGGCCAAGCAGGACAUGGCGCGGCAGCUGCGCGAGUACCAGGAGCUCAUGAACACCAAGCUGGCCCUGGACAUCGAGAUCGCCACCUACAGCAAGCUGGUGGAGGGCGAGGAGAGCCGGAUGGACUUGCCUUCAGCUGCUGUGGUCACUGCUGUGCAGUCCAGAUCCAGAACCGCUGCCUGCAAGUCCUGCCUCUCGAGAGCCCCCUCCCGGAAAAAGAAGCACAGCAAAGGCGCCGUGAUCAAAAUCACCGAAAUGUCAGAGAAGUUCCUCUCGCAGGAGUCAGAGGCCUCAGAGUAAAGCAGCUGGACCAGGAGCCCCAGGUCACUCCCCUGCAGGAAGAGGGACUUAAGCUAGUCAAGAAAGCGACUUGGAGCCUCUAGGUUGGGAGAGGAGACACACCUGAUCCUGAACUGAGAGGAGGAGGAUUCAAAAUGUGACUGCUCUUUUGUGGGUCACCAGGGAUGGGACAGGACUGUCACCAGCUAUUCAGAGCCAUUCCACUCCUUAUCCGUAUCUCACAGUCCCACUCUUCCACGCUUCUGGCCAGAGGUUUUCCCGACUGGGUAAACUGGAAUUGAGGGUCCAUUUUGUCUCUAUCUCCUGGCUCCCUUGAGGCUCCUCCCUCAACAGAGGGCUCUGACCAAGGUCCCUUUGACUCUUUUGCCCAACCCUUGCCUAAACUCACAUCUCGAGCCUUGCCUUGCCUCUGCCUCAGAACUGAGGCUGGUGCCCUCGGUCACCCAGCCCUGGUCAGCCGUGGACCAGGGGCUGAUGGGGACCUCUUGGGCACCCUCCCCAUAUCUGGAAUUCCUGGGGAGGCUGGGUCCUGAGUACCCCUGGCUUUCCU